AGACCUGCACGACGUGCUGCUCAGCGGGCACCUGAAAACACUCGCACUCGUGGAGUCUGCAGAGUCCAUGAUCCUGCUGGGGUCCAUUGAGCGUGCCCAACUCCAGGUCCUCCUGGCACAGCAGCUGGGGCGGCAGCAGCGGCUGGACUACGUGCACCAACGCAGCCAGGCCGAGAAGAAGCGCCUGUCCGAGAUCAGUGAGGACGGGGUGCAGAAGGUCAGCCAGGAGGUCCGCUUCCAGAUCUCCACUGAGGAGUCCUCCUACAGUCCUCCCCGUUCUGUGAGCCCCAAGCCUCUGAAGCCGGCACUGAAGAGAUCAUCUGUAGUGGACCGCAGCACUGAGAUCCCCAUCAGUCCUCAGGAUUCUGGCACUGCCCUGAAGAACCUCUUCUGUGCCUACCCAGAUACAGAGGGACUGGAGAACAAUAACGUGGAGAGUUCAGUGACCCCUGAACUCAAGCGACCCAAACGUGUCAGGAUCUCUGUCGUGGAUGACCCAUAUGUGGAGGACGACAUGACCAUCAGAGAGAUUGCUGAGUGGGAGGAGCAACAGCUUGAUGAACAAAUCAACUUUGACAACUGCAAGAUAGACCCCGCCCCCUUCCAGCUAGUAGAGCGCACCUCACUGCACAAGACACACACCAUCUUCUCUCUGCUGGGGUUGGAUCACGCCUAUGUCACCAGCAUCGGACGCCUCAUCGGGGUCGUCUCACUCAAAGAGUUACGGAAGGCCAUCGAGGGUUCCGUCACGGUGAAAGGGGUGAAGGUCCGCCCCCCCCUCGCUAGUUUCCGUGACAGCGGCACCAGCAGCAGUGAAACCGAGGCGACGGAACUCCACAAGCUCUGGGACCGACACACCAGCAUGAGUCUGCCCAGAGAACACCAGGGUUCCGACUCAGACGACAAGUCUCAAUAACACACACACACACACACACACACACACACUCACACUCACACACACACACACGCCAGCAUGAGUCUGCCCAGAGAACACCAGGGUUCCGAUUCAGACGACAAGUCUCAAUAACACACACACACACACACACACACUCACACACACACACACACUCACACACACACACACACACACACACACACACACACACACACAUAUGCUGCACACUCACUCAGAAAGGGACCUGUCUGAUCCAUACCCACCAAUUAUUGACCAAUCACAAUCCCUCCCUCAGCACUGACUAACCAAUCACAAUCACCUCAUACUGACUGACCAAUCACAAACAU